AUGUCUAGACCUUCAAGUCCUAUACCUUCCGAGAAGUCAGUACCGCCCACCGGUUCGACAAAGUCGGAUCUGGAAGAUGUCGAGGCUACAGCAGCACCGCCUUCAGAGCAACCAGAGCAACCUCCACAAUACUCCAUUUACACGACAUGGGAGAAACGUUUCAUCGUGCUAGGUGCCUGUUUGGCCGCCUUCUUCUCUCCUUUCACCGCCCAGAUAUACCUGCCCGCCCUCACGGUUCUGGCCGAGGAUUUCAACGUCUCUGACUCCGACAUGAACCUCACCCUUACGACCUACAUGAUCUUUCAGGGUAUUGUACCCAUGUUCAUCGGUUCGCUAGCCGACAACAGUGGCAGACGACCAGCCUAUGUCAUCUGCUUCGUCGUUUACAUCGCCGCCAAUAUCGGCCUCGCCUUGUCACAGAACUACGCCUCUCUGCUCGUCGUCCGGUGUUUACAGUCGGCCGGCUCGAGUAGCACAGUUGCACUCGCCUCCGCCGUCGUUGCCGACGUCGUGACAAGCGCAGAGAGGGGCCAGUACAUUGGAAUAACCGUUGUUCCAAUCGUUCUUGCGCCUGCGCUUGGCCCAGUUCUCGGUGGUAUCCUGACCCAGUUCCUGGGUUGGCGGGCCAUAUUCUGGUUUCUGGCCAUCCUCUCCGGCGUAUUCUUCAUUGCCCUGCUACUCUUCUUCCCAGAAACCUGUCGAAGAAUUGUGGACGACGGCUCCGUUCGACCCCCGCGACUGUACCGCACCGGCUACCAGCUAUUGAAGGACUACUUCAAAUCUAAGAGGACUCAUGGCGACGAAAUGACUAGAACGACAACUGGAGGAACAUCGAACACCGCAAGACCAUCCCUUUCGUUCAAGAUCAACCCUUUCGCCUCCCUCAUGCUUCUCUUUCACAAGGAAAUGGGCCUUCUUUUGGGCUUCAGCGCCAUCGUUUUCGCCGGUUUCUAUGCCAUCGCCGCUUCGAUGCCAACCCAAUUCGCGCAGCUGUACGGCUUUGACAGCUUGAAAGUUGGGCUCAUGUACCUGCCCUUGGCUGGAGGGUCUGUUGUCGCGGGGUUCGUCGUUGGACACCUUAUUAACUGGAACUACCGUCGGCACUGCAGGCGCCUGGGCAUCCCGUACGAUAAGUCUCGCCAGCAGGACCUGUCUGAUUUUCCCAUCGAGAAGGCCCGCCUCGAGAUAGGCUUGCCUUUGCUGUUCUUCAGCUCGAUUCUGCUCUUGAUUUGGGGAUGGGUUCUCCAGGUUGGUGCACCGGUGGCGGUUCCCUGCGUACUCCUCUUCCUCUUUGGAGUCGGAAUGAUCGGCUUUAACAACACCACCAACACUCUCAUCGUCGACAUUCACCCAGGCAAAGCAGGCACAGCUACAGCGGCAAACAACUUCACCAGGUGCCUGCUGGGAGCCGCUGCGACCGCGGCCAUCUUGCCCAUGAUCAACGGAAUGGGAGUUGGCUGGGCUUUCACGCUCCUGGCUCUCCUUUACAUCGUGUUUAGCCCGUCAUUGCUAGCCGUCAUGUACUGGGGAGUCAAAUGGCGCAAAGCGGCGAAGGAGAAGGAGCUCCAGAAGAAAGGCACUGCUUGA